CGAAGGUUUGGCUGCGCAUGCUGCAGUCCCCCAAUAACUUUGCACAUUUUUUGGUUGGAGUUUUUUUUUUCCGUGCAUUAUACAAAUCUUAGAUUGGGCUGCGUUCAUGGAAAACAAUUGCCGAUUAACAGCUCCUUAUAGCUGUGAGAUUUUCUCAUUGCAAUCGAGCUUGUAGUCCUGUAAUGAGCGCUUAGCAUAACAUGAGCUCCGGUAGAAGCGACGCCGAUCCGCUCGAUGACUACCGGGACCGACAGGAGAAUGAAGUGGAGGCGUUGGCGUCCAUCUACGGGGAUGAUUUUACGGAUCUCAGGCAGAAUCACCCAUGGAAGGUCAAACGUCCACCAGAGUUUGUUUUGACUUUGAGACCACAAGGUUUAACUAGCCAACAGGAGAUCUAUGUCCUAGUGGAUCUAGGAGUAAGGUGCCCUCCUACAUAUCCAGAUGUGCCUGCAGAACUUCAGCUGAAAAACGCCAAAGGACUUUCCAAUGACAGUCUUCGACAGUUGCAGUCUGACCUAGAAAGGUUUGCUGCUGAAUUGUGUGGAGAGGUAAUGAUUUUUCAGCUUGCUGAACAUGUACAAUCUUUUUUGAGCGAACGCAACAUUCCACCACCAAAGUCUUUUCAUGAGGAAAUGCUGAAGAACCAGCGAAGACAGCAGGAAAGGAUAGCACAAGAGGAGCAGCAGAGAAUUGACCAACAAAAGAAACAUGAGGCACAAAUGGAAAAGGAAAUUUUGGCAGCAAUACAGAAGAGAGAGGAAGAAAAGAGAGAAGAGAAAAAAAGGAAAGAAAUUGCAAAGCAGGAACGUUUGGAUAAUGUUAUCUCCACCAGCCCCGAUAACACAGUUUUGGGGAAACAUCUGUUCUUUAAAGGGAAUGUAAGUGACCAGGAAGAGCCCAAAAAAGGAGGGACCAGUCGAAGGCGAACUCAGUCCAAUGGACGCACUAGGCGAGAUCGUCAAUAUUCAUUGUCUAGUAAUGAUGAAAGCUUUAAACCACUUGAAGUUUUACGCUUUUCUGCGGGAUGUCAGGGUGACAUUGUGGUUCAUCGUGGAAAAUGCAUUGGAGAAAGUGAAAGGCUCGGUCGCAGUGUCUACAAUGCUUUAGAUGCAUCUUCAGGAGACUUUAUGAUUGUCUAUCAAUGGAUAUUGCACUGGAAUAAGAAAAUUGGGAAGUUUUUCACAAGCCAAGAGAAAGAGAAAAUUGAAAAAUGUAAAAAGCAGAUCCAAGGGGCUGAGAGUGAAGUAAACUCCUUGCUAAAACUGGAACAUCCCAAUCUUGUCCAUUAUGCUGGAGCGAGUAACAGAGAGCAGGAGGAUUCUCUGAUUGUUGAUUUAUUAGCCGAACAUAUCAAUGGAUCGAGCCUCUCAAGUGGUCUCGGUAAGGGCGCCACCUUACCUUUGGAAAGGAUACGUCAUUAUGCUUUGCAACUUCUCAGUGCCCUUGACUACCUCCACAACAAUUCCGUAGUUCACAAAAUGCUGUCUGCCUCAAGUGUUUUGGUGGACAGUGAGGGCACAAUCAAACUGACCGAUUACAGUAUUUCUAAACGCUUGGCUGACAUUUGUAAAGAAGAUGUUUUUGAGCAAACUAGAGUGAGAUUUUGUGAAGACUCUCUUCCAAACAAGACAGGCAAAAAAGGAGACGUGUGGAACUUGGGCCUCCUGCUCCUUGCACUUAGCCAGGGCAGAGAAGUGAAAGAGUAUCCAGUUGUUAUCCCAACAGGGUUGCCAAGUGAGUUCCAGGAUUUCUUAAAUAGGUGUGUCUGUCUGGGUGAUUUAGAGCGCUGGACCACUCAGCAACUGCUCGGUCAUUCCUUCAUCAAUCCUCCUGUGUUGAAAAGUCCACUGCAGGGCAAUGAGGACAGUCCUGAAGACACUGGAGUGGACUUUGUAACUACUGUCAUACCCCACGGCCACAUGAUGAAUGCAUCAUUCAGUACUGUAAUACCAAAGCAGUUUUCACGUUACUACAAUGAGUUUGAAGAGUUGCAGCUUUUGGGGAAAGGUGCAUUUGGAGCAGUAAUUAAGGUCCAGAAUAAACUGGAUGGUUGUUGUUAUGCUGUCAAACGCAUUCAGGUGAAUCCCACAAGUAAGCAGUUCCGUCGUAUAAAGGGUGAAGUCACUUUACUUUCUCGCCUGAACCAUGAAAAUAUUGUUCGGUACUAUAAUGCAUGGAUUGAAAGGCAUGAGAUUCCCUCAACUGGGGUACUCAGCUCUGAGAGUUCAGAACAAAGCAAUCUUCCAGCUAAGACGCUAGAGGACAAAGUGAAUGAGCUGGGCUUGGUGGAUGAUGUGGAGGAUAAUGCGCCUCCUCCGGCUUUGGCAAGCUCCGUGGAGUGGAGCACAUCUAUAGAAAAAUCAUCAAGUGCCAAAUGUAAUGCUGGAGACCAAGAAUCCAGUGAUGAAGAUGAUGAUGAAGAUGUGUUCUGCUUGUCAUUCAUUGCACCAAAGAGUGAUUCAGAAAGUGAUAUAAUAUUUGAAAACGGGGAAGGCAGUGAAGACAGUCUGUCACAGGAGGAAGCAAGGAAAAUAAAUGUCCCUGAGCUUCCAGAAAGCAGAGAGGAGGAGAGAACAGACAUGUUAAUUGCACAUUAUCUGUAUAUUCAGAUGGAAUACUGUGAAAAAAGCACUUUAAGAGAUACUAUUGACCAAGGUUUAUACAAAGAUGUGAACCGUUUAUGGAGAUUCUUUAGGGAAAUCCUUGAUGGCUUGGCCUAUAUCCAUGAAAAGGGCAUGAUUCACAGAGACUUGAAGCCUGUUAAUAUUUUCUUGGACUCUAAAGACCACAUGAAAAUAGGGGACUUUGGCUUGGCUACAGAUCACCCAGUGACAGACAAGCUGGAAGUAGAAGAUGGAGUCUCUGCACCCACGAACAAACAGGAUCCAACAGAUAAUAUGACUGGGAUGGUUGGAACUGCUCUGUAUGUGAGUCCAGAAGUUCAAAGAAACACCAAAGCUACAUACAAUCAGAAAGUGGACUUGUACAGUCUGGGCAUCAUAUUCUUUGAAAUGUGUUACCGACCUAUGGACACUGCUUCAGAGAGGAUAUCUGUUCUCAUGAAGCUGCGUCAGCUUUCAAUCGUAUUUCCUGAAGAUUUUGAGGACAUUAAUCAUGGAAGCCAGAGACUUGUUAUUAGUUGGCUUUUAAAUCACGACCCUGCCCUAAGGCCCACUGCCCUGGAGGUGUUAAAGAGUGAGCACCUGCCACCCUCUCAGAUGGAAGAGUCAGAACUGCACGGCGUUUUACAUCAUACCUUGGCUAACAUUGAUGGCAAGGCUUACCGUACCAUGGUCAACCAACUCCACUCACAAAGCAUCUCUCCUGUGAUGGACUUUACUUAUGACAUUGACCUUUAUAAGGGAAAUUUCUCAGCCAGCAGUGCCAGAUUACAUCAACAUGUAUAUGAAGUUGUACGCUGGGUCUUUAAAAAACAUGGAGCAAUGAGGCUUCAGACACCUCUUUUAAUGCCAAAAAACAAGAAACUCUACGAGGGAAGUGACAUUGCUUGUUUUAUGGAUCAUAGUGGAAUGUUGGUGAAUCUGCCUUAUGAUCUCAGGAUCCCUUUUGCAAGAUUUGUUGCAAGAAACCAUAUUACAAACAUCAAGAGAUACUGUAUAGAGAGAGUGUUUCGUCCAAGAAAGAUAGACCGCUCUCACCCCAGAGAACUACUGGAAUGUGCCUUUGAUAUUGUUACAUCAACCACAAACAGCCUUCUACCAGACGCAGAGACAAUAUAUACCAUUUCAGAAAUCAUUCAGGAGUUUCCUGUACUACAGGAAAGAAACUACAGUAUUUACCUGAACCACACUAGCCUGCUUAAAGCUAUAAUGUUGCACAGUGGAAUCCCUGAAGACAAACUAGGCCAGUCUUCAACCAUUCUUUGUGAUGCCAUGAGUGAGAAGCUGACAAGACAAGAAGUGGAAGCCAAAUUUUACAACUUGUCACUUUCAACAAGAAGUUUGCAGACGCUGUACAAAUACAUAGAACAGAAAGGGGAUCUCCAGGAGCUAAGCCCUUUAAUAAACACCUUAACAAAACAGAAGACUGCUGUUUCUCAACUGGCAAAGCAGGGCCUCAAAGAUCUAGAAGAGCUCACAGGACUUCUGAAAAAACUGGGCAUAAAGCAGCAGGUGGUCAUUAAUCUUGGUCUAGUCUACAAAGUACAGCAUCACUGUGGGGUGAUCUUUCAAUUUGUAGCUUUUGUCAAACGAAGACACAGGAUUGUACCAGAUAUUGUGGCAGCUGGAGGAAGAUAUGACCAUUUGCUUUUGCAGUUCAGAGGACCUGAGGCACCAGGACCAAUUCCUUCAGCUGUAGGAGCAAGCCUGGCUCUAGAUAAGAUCUGUGCCGCUGUUGCCAGUAUGGAGGACCCACCUUCAGGGAAUUGCUGUGAUAUCUUGGUGGUGGCAGUGGGCUACUCAUCAAUGGGAAGAGCCAUUAGCAUCAUCCAAAAAUUAUGGACAAUAGGCGUGUCGGCUGAAAUAAUGUAUGAUGCGUCACAGUCUCAGGAAGCUCUGCAAGAGCACUGCAAACAAGCUGGCAUCACCUUUUUAGCACUGGUCUCUGAUAAAGAAGGCAAUUACAUUAAGGUUAAGUGCUUUGAAAAAGAUCGCCAGUCAGAAAAACGUAUACUGGAAUCUGAUUUGGUUGAUCAUCUGUUCCAGAGGUCUAGAGCCAGAGUUCAUGAAGACAGAAAUGUCAGGGAAAUCCCAGAAAGCUUUGCACUUCAAAACCCCAAAGGAUCACUUGUUGUGACUUCUGGGUUGUCAGAGCCUCAUGGGAGUAAUAUACUGCCCAAUGUGAACGUCAUCCCUCCUGAGAAGGUAUCUGCUAGCACAAGACGAAGAUAUGAGACUCAGAUUCAAUCCAGAUUGCAAAAUCUGGCAUCUCAUUUACAAAACAACAUUGAAGUUUUAGCGGUUGAUUUGCCAAAGGAAUUGUUAAUAAACUUCUUUUCUCUUGAGUUUGAUGGAGAUGAUCAGUUAUUCCACGCAAGUGUUAAAAAUCUGCUGUCUCGACUGCCAAAGCAACGGUACUUAAAAACCAUUUGUGAUGAAAUUUACGAUUUCAAAAUGGUGAAAAGAGUGGCAGUCCUGGUGUUAUACAGCUACAAAGAAGACUACUACAAGAUCCUUUUCUAAUGGCCUCUGUGUGGCGGUUAUGCAAACUAGGGAUUCUGCUCCCAUUUCAGAAACAUUCUAAGAAGUUCUGUAAAAAUGUAAAGACAAUGGGAAACAGUUCAAGGAGUGUAAAGUGAGUGUUGAGCACUAAGGCCCGGCCAGGGUCCAAGUGCACAUCCUUCUUCAAGAGCUCUGACAUACUGUAAGUGUUAUAAAUCAGUCUUACUGUAAUAUUUUUAUAUGACUCAUGCCAGUCAUUAAUCUCUCGAAGGAGAGACAAAGAUGUCCUGAUGAAGGAAGUGUUUUUUUUUUUAA